GCACAAUUUGUUUUUCGCUGCCCAAGAUUUCAGCUGGUUUUGUAGAGAAGGAUGUUGCCGACUGGGCUACCGGGAAUGCCCAGGUAGUGACCUGGCUCGUGUCCUCAGUGGAUACUGCCACCGGUCUUAGCCUUUGCCGUUUCACUGAUUCUAGUGAUAUGUGGAAGCAUAUCUGCUCCACUACACUCAGAAUGACUCUGCUUGCCAGUUUGAGCUUGAGACUCAGAUUGCCGCCUUUAAACAAGGCGAUACGAAUGUUCAUAAUUAUUAUCAGGCUAUCUCUACUCUUUGGACUGAAUAUGAUUUUCUUGCAGCCACUCUUAUCUCGACUGCAGCGACGACUGGAAUAUUGAAGGAACGUUUACGUUCCCGGCUCAUGUAGUUAGUCAUGAAAUUUCGUCCAGAUUUUGAGCAGAUUCGGGCGUCUCUGUUACAUCGCCAAGUUGGUACUAUUUAUGAGGCUCUUGCUGAGCUUAUCCACGAAGAGACUCGUCCGCGGAUUAAAUAACAAAUCGGAAAGCCUCAGUUUCAGCGGGGUAAUACUAGCCAUCUCACAUGUCAUUUUGUUAGCAGGUUAGGCAUAUUCAGGCUCGCUGCAAGAAGAAGAAUGUUUGUAUCUACUGCAAAAGUUCGGGUCAUACAAUCCUUGAGUGCAAGUCGUUAGCCCGACGUAGUCAGGCUGGGUCUUCGUCAGGGAAUGCACGAUUUGGUUCUAUUUCCGAGCGCAACGGUGAAUCGCGUUACUCGAUGGAGGCAGCUUCUCCACGUCCUGUUCUCUCUUCUGGUGGCUCGUCCACCUCUUCUCCUCUUACGAGCGAAGUGGUUCGUCGUUUGGUGGUCGAGGUUAUUCAAGGGACUCUUUUCGUGGCAUUGACUUCUGCAUUUGUGACAGGUGGCACCUAAGACACUUCUCGUUGGUUGCUUGAUUCAGCUGCCUUUAAUCACAUGACCAAUAUCUGCUCUCGUUUUACUUCCCCAAAACAGUCAUCUGUCGUGUCUUUACGAGGUGCCAAUGGUGCUCGUAUUCUAAUUCAUGGUAUUGGUACUUCAUAUACUAGUCGUGUGAAACUUGAUAACAUCCUAUAUGUUCCUCAGCUGGUUCCUAAUUUGAUCACAAUUGAGCAGUUAACAGAAGACAAUUGCGAGGUUCGGUUUGACAGUAUUGGUUGUGUUGUGCAGUAUCCGAAAAUAGGGAGGGUGAUCGGGAAGGGUAGAAAGACUAGACGUGUCUUCAUCCUUGAUGAUGAUGGUGGCGUGGGGACUGACUCGAAGCCUUCCUUGGACUCUAGGGUGGCGACAUGCUUGGAUGGGCUUGUUUCUUGUUCUUCUAGUAUUGUGUCAGAUUUGUUAGCCACUUCAUUAGACUCUUUAUGCAGUUCCUGUAAAUACUUCAUUUUUUAUGUAAAGCCUAAGGGCUCUUUGGAUAUUUCCAAACAUACUACUUUGUGGAAUUUAUGUCAUUGUCGCCUUGGGCAUUCCCACAAGGCAUGGUUAGUUGAUAUGUUUCGGCGUAGUUUGAUUCCUGACAGUUUGAGUUCGAGUUUGAUCCUUCUGAUGCUUGUGUUAGUUGCAUAGAAGCACUUACUUUUCAAUCACCCUUCUCAUUGAGUGACACAGUUUAUACUGCCAUUUGAGCUUGUUCACAUGGAUUUAUGGAUGCCAUCUCCUGUCAUUUCUCGCAUGGGUUUUCAUUAUUUUGCUCUCCUCACUGAUUAUACGACAAGGUAUGCUUGGAUUUAUUUUCUUCGUCGUAAAUCUGAUGACUCGGUAUUUGCACAUGUUUUCCCCUUUGUUUCUUGAUUGUUUGAGCUUGAAUUAUUGCAUCUUUGGCCUAUUUUAUGCUAGGUUGUGUUCCUUUGUCCCAUUUCAGGUCCUAGCACAUAAAGUGAAGCAUAGGCGCAAGUUUCAAGUCAAUCAGAGAUCAAUUGACGAUUCGAGAGAAGAAACUCGGGCAUGACCUGAAGAAGAAUGGAUUUCUACCUCACUUUAUGGACAAAGAAGCGUGCAAGCUUGUUAUGAAACGAAAGAGGACGAGACUACGAGCGUCUGGGAUCAAACGGCGACUGAUUCGGAGUCCGGACGAGGGAGAAACGAAGCAUUAAACAGAGGCUGAGCAAGACGCACGGGCAGACCAGCGUGGCCACGCACGGCCGUGCAACAUACAAUUCUGGCCGUGCGAGUUGGCUGAGGUUCAACUAAUUGAUACGCCGCGUUUUGAGGUGCACGGCCAGAAUGGUGAUGUGCACGGCCGUGCACCCUGGCCGCGCGAGUCGGGAUUUCCUGGUUUUAAGCCAAAUUCCGAACCAAAGAAGAGGGGGAGCUGGGUUUUGGAUCCCAAACACCCAAGGGACGAACCCUAGAGAGAGAGAGCGAUUUGAGGGCAUUCUUGGAGUAGAGAAGGAGGAUUUCUUCGCCUUGGAAGCUCGAGGAACAAGCCCGGACUUGAAGACUGAUCAUCUGAAGAUUCUUACUGCAGUCUCUCUCUUCUCCAUGGAGUAACUUCCCUUCACUUAGGUUUUGAGGAACCCUAGCUAUGUUUGUUUGAUUGGAUGAUUGUAUGAGUACUCUGACUGGAUAAUCUUGAGUUCAUAUUCAAUCUAUGCAUGUUUUCAUGAUUCAAUUCUGCUUUAGUCGAGAUUAUUGAUUCUGCUUUGAUUCUAUGAGAGGGAAUACCUGAUUAGGUCAAUAGAGCACCAUAGAUUGAUAGUAGUGGAUCGAUUGCUUUAGUCGAGGGUUGAUUCACUGCUUUGUAUCGAUUGAGAACCUCUUUCGAUAGAGGGAGUCUAGUUCAGAACGCCUUGAUCAGUUGUUCUAGAGAAGGAUACGUCCCUCUAGGCAAUUGACUCAAGAGGGCCUUGUUCCUUUAGUCGAGACUCAAGGUCUAGUCAAGGAUUCUCCGCAUUGUGAAUGAAAGUGAAACAUGUUAGAGAUCAUCAAUCGUUAAUCUGGCUAGUGGCUAGGGGGAAUCAUAUCUGAGUGAGUUCCCAACCUGUAAUUAGAUUAACUUUAACUGUAGUUUGCUAGAGUAGUUUUAGUUCUUUCAUCUUAAUCUGAUUUGCUAAAUAAUAAACUGAAGCUGAGUAAUAGUAACUCUAGAGACCCGUGGAUUCGAUAUUUAUCACUUGAGCCACUAUACUGCAGUCCCUUUCAUUGGUUACACUUGGCCUUUGUUAGGUGUUGUGUUUUAGCGAGUCAAGUUUUUGGCGCCGUUGCCGGGGACUUUCUAGAGUAUUAGGAAAGGCAGAAGUUUGUUACUUUAGCGUUUUUCGUUUCUUUUCUUUUCCACCCUUGCUUUUCACUUGGGUGUUUUUGUUUUUGUUGGUGCAGAUCUGAAUCAUGGAUCCUAAUGGCUUCUCCAAUCAUUGGGGGUAUCCACCACCAUCUGGGUGGUAUUACCCCGAGACUCCGUGGAGCAAUCAAGGCGGAGAAGACUAUGGAUUCGGGUUCCAGUACCAACCCCCUUACUACGGAGAACAACCGGACCCCUGGGCAUAUCAAGAACAACCUCAUUAUCAAGAAGAAUUUCUCCCACAACCAGAAGGGCCAUCGGCGCUGGAGUUACUCAUGGAGCAGUUUGCUCGAGACUGUGAGAGAACAUGCUCCAGGAUGGAUCAGUGUGUCCAGGCCUAUCGUGAAACAGAUGAGAUCCUCCUGAGCCUUAAGAAGAGCGUCGAUGAUCUUGAGCGAUCUUGGGCGCAACCUGCUCCAAAUCACCGUUCUGCUACCAUACAAGAAGAGGAGGAGGAAGAAGAAGGAUACAAGGGCAUUGUGGAACACACUGAAGUUGUCACGGAGAGCUCCCGUGAUGAUCAUGAUCAGGCGUGUCAUGUCGUAGCCGACCACACCUUCCCACACCCCAAACUGAGCUUUGAAGAGGCGGGCAUGAGUGAGGAGAUGCAAGAAGAUCUCAUGAAAGAAAUUGCUUGGCAACUUGCUCUCCAAUCCGUGCUAGAAGAAGAAGAGCAAGAAAGGGUGCAGAAAGAAGUUGUGGAGGAUGACAAAAGUGAAGCAGAAGGAGUUCUUGAUCUUUUCUCAGGGGUGAUACCACAUGAAGAAGAAAGGGGGGUUGAAAAAGCAAUUGGCGUCCAGGCUGAGGACGAAGUUGAGGUGGAAGAGGCUUGCACCGGCCAUGAGUUACAUGUGAUAUCUCCACCAAACUUCGAGGAACUGCUUAGCAAGGACCCAUUUGCAGUGUCUCUUUGCCAGACCAAGGCCACAUCAACAUCGGUCCCUCUUGGUGGACGCGAUGGUGGCCAAUCGAUGCUGUCAUAUCUGGUUUGGGGCAAUGAGACGAGAGAAGAGAAGAAGAGGUCUCGAGGGUGGAGACUUCAUCUGCAUCAAGUACAUGAGCCUUCAUCACCUGCCACACCACAUGCUCGUGACUUGAGACUCCACCUCAUCGACGAGAACCUCAACUUCAAGGAGGUUCUAGCAUGGACCGAAACUUAGGAGCCAUCGUCCAGCUAAUACGACGGUAAAGAAGCGCUUGUGGGGAGGCAACCCCACCACGGUUUGAUUUUAUUUCUUGUGUUUUGAGUCGGAUUGUAACCCGGUUUGGGUUUGGUUUGUUUUCUUUUAGUUUGGAUGAUAUUUUAUUGGGCUGACCAUUGAACCUAACAUACUGUGUUUGAGCUCUUCUGUUCCCCUUUGGCUGUGCUUGCCCCGACUGGCCCAUUUCCAGUCCCCUGCAGUCCGUGCAUACCGGUAACAUCGUUCCCCUUAUCCUUCCCUCUUCUCCAUUGAGGGCAAUGUCGAGCUUAAGUGUGGGGGGAUGUUUAUCUUUCGACUGCAUUAGAUCUGUUUGUGUGCUUGGAGCCUAGUCCACUGUCCAAAUUUUUAAAAUUUGAGGGCUCCAAGUACGUGUUUCCGUGCAAUUGCCUGCUCAGUAUGCUUUGAAUUGACAGUCUUUAUAGUAAUAUGCAACCUAGGGAGGUAGUGUAGCACUAUGGAGGAUGUUGAUGCAUUUAAGAAGUCUCGUUUCUUCUUCAUAUUGUGUUGGUUGAUUGAGUGAAUUAGUGAUCUUAGGACCCUUGAAUUGUGUGGUGUUGUGGAUUCUCUACCUGUCAUGGACUCUUGUAUCAUGUUUUGAAAGUAACAGGUGCUCGAAAAUGUGCUUCAAAAUAAACGUCUCCCGUGCGAAUAGGGCGAAAGUGUGUAAGGGGAGACGGGAAUCCGUUCCCAAUUUCCACCUACUACCUCCAGCCCCCUUACAUGUCUUUCCCCCGCACGAGGCUCGAGACAUCCGCCCCUGGCAUGGCCGGUAAGAGCAGGUUGGGACCCUUGAAAAAGAAAAGAAAAGAAAAAUAUCAGAAAACAAGCAAAACAAAAAAAAGGGGUCUCAACCAUCUUCAAGAAGCAGAAAAUAGAGCACCUUGAAAAAUGUGAGUCCAUGAUCUGUUGUUUUUGAGAAUCUCCUCAUCCACAAUUCAUUUGUCCUCUGUUCACUAUUUGCCAUGAUGCCGACUCGCCGAAGAAGUUAUGAGAUGACUUGUGCGUCGGUUGACCUCGUAAGCUGCUAAAUGAUCUAGGAAGUCCUCUACCUACGAUCUGGGUUGUUUGUUGCUAUAGAGGUCUGGAGAGUUGCAUUGGUUUGAGUUAGGUUUGCUUGGGGACAAGCAAACAGUUAAGUGUGGGGGGAUUUGAUGACUCGGUAUUUGCACAUGUUUUCCCCUUUGUUUCUUGAUUGUUUGAGCUUGAAUUAUUGCAUCUUUGGCCUAUUUUAUGCUAGGUUGUGUUCCUUUGUCCCAUUUCAGGUCCUAGCACAUAAAGUGAAGCAUAGGCG